CCAGCGCAAGUGUGAACGUAAUGUGGAGAAUGUGAAGAUGGCGUCUCUGUGUGAACGUUCGUGUUUGACUGUCCUUGGACUGACGUAGGUCCGAUAACUUCCCCAACAUUUCCGUUCAGCGACUGUUACGACACGUUAAUGACACGGCCGAGGGGCCGAGGUCCCCUCGUUGGAUUGUCUACCGCCACCAUGUCUUCAGUGGACGUUUCGGUGGACGAGGCGAAUAUGACAGACUUCUUCAACGCGACGCUCGACUCCCUGCUACCGACGGAAUCAUCGAAUCAGUCGUGGGUGCCGGAUGACGACCCACCCCGAUCACCGCCCGUACUCUUCGCCGUGGAGCGACAGGUCAUCCCCGUAGUCUUCGGCCUGAUCUGCCUUGUUGGGAUGGUUGGGAACAUCCUGGUCAUCUUGGUCGUCAGUAAGUCCAGUGACAUGAAGACGGUGACCAACUACUACAUCGUGAACCUGGCCAUCACGGACCUAGCGUUCCUGGUCUGCUGCGUCCCGUUCGUGGCCACGUCCUUCGCCCUGGGGCCAUCCUGGGUCUUCGGGGCGUUCGCCUGCAAAGCCGUCUUCUACAUCAUACGGGUGACGUUGCAGGCCACGUGUUUGACGCUGAUGGCGCUGUCCAUUGACCGGUUCUGUGCGAUCGUUCUGCCGUUCAAGUCUAUCGACUUCCGCCGGCCCCGUGUGGCCAUCUUCGUCAGCGUCUGCAUCUGGAUCGGAUCUUUUCUUCUGUCUAUCCCCGUGGCGCUCCGACAUCGCAUCUACAUGGUGGGUGACCAGGUCCUGUGCCGUGAGCGUUGGCCGAGCGCCACCGCCCAGCAGUCCUACAUGAUCUACAUGGUCUCCAUCACCUACAUCAUUCCGCUGGCAACCAGCAUCUUCUGCGGAGCCAUGAUCGUCCGCCAGGUCUGCAACCGCCCGGAGAGCGCCAAUCUGGGCGGGCAGAGCCAGACCCGAAAGGUGACCAUCAUGAUCAUCGGCGUGGUCCUGCUCUUCGCUCUGUCUUGGCUGCCAAACCACGCUAUUAACCUGUGGCGUGUCAUGAAUCCAAGAGCACCAGGUUCCAUCCCUCUGUACCAGUUCAAAUUCGCGGCCAUGUGUCUCAGCUAUGCCAACUCGGCUAUGAAUCCGUUUGUGUACACUUUUGUUGGCGAGAACUUUCGAGUAGAGCUGCACAAACUGUUCCAAAACCUUUGCUCCAAGUGCUGGUAUCCUUACAGCGCCGAUUCUAAGAAAGCCCCGGCGUCGGCGAAGGGUAGCAACACGAGUUUUAAGACUGCCGUGACCCUGACUCGCUCGGCGUCCGGCGGCAUUGGCCAGUGUGAAACCCUGCCGUUUCGCCCCGUCACUCCGUUGCCAGACGAAGUCUAUUGCCCAGUUGUUGUUGUCAAAGAUGACACAAAAAUGUCUUUCGAGACCAAUAUCUGAAAUAGCAGCAUCAUGAACAAAGAGUCAUCAUCAAAUGUAAAUCACAACGACACAGAGCGUAAAAUAAGACGAAUCCAAAAUUUAUAUUACAAAAUUAACUUACUGGACUAACAUGCACAAAAAUCCUUUACUUAAAAAUUAUAUAAGUACAAUCAACCGAAUUUAUAUUAGCACAAUCAUGAAAGCUACAUGUUAGCAAAAUGCCUUAGGCCUGAAUGAUCGAAAUUUAAGUCAUUGGCUACUCAUAAACUUUGAACUUUAUUAAAUCAACACUUUGCAGGCAUUUAAUCCUAAACUGUGCUGGUGUGUACAAGCACCAUUAUUGAACAUUGUUUAAAAAGUUAUUACAAUUUUAAAAACUUACUCGUAAUUGACUAAUAAUUUUGCUUAAAAUCACAAAUUAAAGACGUUAGCCUUACGAUAUUUGUAACGAUGAGUUAGAUACACGUCAUACAAUAGUUGAUGCGAUAGUGUGUUAAUUCUGAUUCAUCAGAGCAAGGGCCCUAGGAAUGAACGAUUGGGAAUGUCUAUUGGUCCGGCUCAUUGGUGAGCCCGACUUCGUAGCUGGUUAUGACUCAUAAUGAUCAUAUGGUUUUGAGAUAUUGUCAGUAACAUUGGUAAACAUUGCAAGUAACAUUUGUAAAAAGUUAACUAAAAAUGUUGCAACAAAUUUAGAUUGACCAACAAAUGCAAUGGUAUCCCAAUAAUAUACAUGUGCAAGGAGCACCAUUUUCUACUAGCUUCUGAAGAUUGCAACAGACAGUGUACACAAAUGGUGAACGAUGACAUUCUAACCGAACACCAUUAGUUUCAUAUUGUAAAUAUCGGAAUCAUUAACAGAAUCAAUAAUUCACAGGUUGUACCAUUUCGUAUUGAGAGUUCCAUGCAAAUUCGGUCUAUACGUAUACAGAAAGGGUCACUCAAAAGAAAGAGGAACUUUAUACAGUGAUAUAAUGAAUUUAAUGAAUGAAGACCUUUAUUGUACGUUUUUGCUUUCUAAAAUGCUAAGUAUACAGGUCAAUGUGAAUAGGGUACAUCUCCUAGUGAUUCUAAGUACAAUCUCUGAAAACUGUGAUACAUGAUAUAGAAUACCCUGUACAAUAUUGUACUAUAUUGUAAAUUGUUUUAUUGGCGAAAUCAUGCCUGAAGGCUAAUUGCAUGUACAGUCUCAAAGACUAAGAGUAGAAAUAGUGUCAUACAUAACAAUAGGGUCUCUACCUACCAUCCAAGGUCGAAAGGGGAGAUCAUUACCUAGUUCUAAUGAGGCACGCUCUUUUUUUGGGCAGCCAAAGGAGAUCGUUUCCGCCUUCUGAUUGUCAGGGGUCUCA